UUGUACACAAAUGUCAUUUUUCGUGGAAGCUAUAGUGGCUGUAGUUCAAUAUUUACUCUGUUGAAAAACGAGUCGCACGAAAAUCAUUUCAGUUUAAAAACAAAAUUUUAACUGUCAGCCGGGAAGCACCUAAAACUCAAUACUGAACUCAACAAAAUCUAGCUUGUUCCUGUUGUGACUGUCUAACAUAACUGAAAACCUGCAUCUUGACAAAGUUCUUACUCCAGUGUCUUAGAUUAUUCUUACUUCUUUUGGUUUAUCAUACAAACAAGAUGUCUUACAUGUUACAGCACCUUGUUAAUGGAUGGCAGGUGGAUCAAGCAAUUCUUUCAGAAGAGGACCGCUUGGUGGUUAUUCGUUUUGGUCAUGAUUGGGAUCCAACUUGCAUGAAGAUGGAUGAGGUGCUCUACCAAAUAGCAGAGAAAGUAAAAAACUUUGCAGUUAUUUACUUAGUGGAUAUUACCCAAGUUCCAGAUUUUAACAAAAUGUAUGAAUUGUAUGAUCCAUGCACAUCCAUGUUUUUCUUCAGAAACAAACACAUCAUGAUUGAUUUAGGCACAGGUAACAACAAUAAAAUCAACUGGGCUAUAGAAGACAAACAAGAAAUGAUUGACAUUGUAGAAACAGUUUACCGAGGGGCAAGAAAGGGUAGAGGUCUUGUUGUGUCACCCAAAGAUUAUUCAACAAAGUACCGCUAUUAAUCAAUGUGUCUUGGCCGAAGUUAAAUAAAAUGAUCUUUCCGUUUUCCUCCA